GAUAACAACUCGUUGACAGUGCGGUCUCUGCGAACACCUCCCAGAAGAGAGGGAACAAGACUAAUACCCAACGUGCCUUCUCCGUCCUCGCACAAAUGGCGUGCACUGAGCUUGACGCUGCGGAAAAAAUGAAGCCGACAGGGCGUAACCCACGCAGGUCCGACGAGAGCACAACGCCUGAGCGCACCCUUGUCGUCCGCAACAAAACUGAUAAUUAGAGCAAUGGGUCCGGUAGGCAAUCGUUUAUCGUGGCCGACUUGCGAGAAAGCUCUUCAAUCGUACACUCGAAGGCUAGGCACAGCCAGGAGGAAUAAGCGAAUGACCUACGUGUUAAGUCACGAACACAUACCAAGCUCAGGGCGGCGCGUGUCAUGGUAAGGUCACGGGACCGCGUACCGUUUUCGUGGAAUGUGACGCGCCCCUUUCGACUCUUUGCCCCUCUCCUCCUCCCGCUCACCACCCGUCCUCUUGGCUUCUUGUUCUCGCACGGACAAAUAACUUCCUAUUAUUGGUGUUAGCCUGCGGACACCGAGGCCCUAACGGUUCGAGAAUUGUUACAAUCCCCCUAGACCCCAUCCUGCCAAGUUACUAUCGCAAGCCAUUGCCAUAAUUACCACAAAAAUCAACACGUAAAGCCGAUCUAGUUCGAGUUACUAGGCACAGAAUGUCUGAAAAACCUCAGCUGAACGAGGUGCUGGACAUCGCAGUGAGUCGCUACACGAACGCGGAUGCUGGUCGGACGACAAGACUAACUCUGGCUAAGGGCGACUUCGAUGUUGCCUUGCAGGAAAACAAGAACAACUUCCGAGCAGCCUUCUCUUUCAAUAAAGCAUAUGCUGAUGCUCCUAACCCUGCCCUCAAACUAUCCGACCUCGGCAUCGUUGGACUUCCCCUGAGUACGCGAGACGCAGAAGCCAUCAAGUCGCGUAGGAUACAAGCACCGUUCGGUAUGGGAGAGCGGACAGUGGUUGAUAAAACUGUGCGGGAUACCUGGGAGAUGGACGCGAAACUGGUGUCGUUUGCUAAUCCAAAGUGGAACCAAUAUCUUUCUGGGGUCGUAGGGGAGGUGUGUGAAACACUUGGCGUCAACAUUGCAGCCAGCAAACCGCGCGCAGAGCUGUACAAGUUACUGUUAUACGAGACCGGCUCCCACUUCCUUCCGCACGUCGACACUGAGAAAGCUGACGGCAUGUUUGCGACCAUCGUUGUUGUCCUUCCGUCAUACUUCACCGGCGGCGCUGCCCACCUUUCCUUUGGCGACCUCUCCACCGUGUACGAUUGUUCGCCCAGGUCUCAGCUCGAAACGUCAGUAUUAGCCUGGUACACCGAUGUCACGCACGAAAUAAAGCCCAUCACCUCAGGAUACCGUCUCGCUCUCUCCUACAACUUGAUUCACACAACACAGUCCUUACGCCCUGCGCUCGCCACACACGACAGCGUGACCGAGAAGCUCACGCGCGUGCUCCUCGCAUGGCGCGACGACAAGGGCGCGCGCACGCCGGAAAAGCUCCUGUAUCUCCUCGACCACAAGUACAGCGAGGCGAACCUGAAGGCGGGUGCGCUCAAGGGCGUCGACGCGCAGAAGGUCGCGCUUUUGGACGUGCUCGCGCGCAAGCACGGCUUCCGGAUGGGCCUCGCGAACGCGCACUGCCGCCUCUCGGGGUACGCGGAGGACUGCGGCGGCGGAUACUACCGCCGCGACCGGCGCGGGUGGUACGACAGGUUCGAUGACGACGACGAUGACGUGGAGUUUGCGGAGGUCGAGAGCCGCGAGAUGACGAUCGAGCACUUUGUCGACCUCGACGGAGACCUGAUCUCGAAGCAGCUCGAGUUCAACGAGGAGGAAGAGACGAUACCCGCUGACCUAGCGGACAACGUCGAGUCCGGCCCGCAUGACGGACAGGAUUACGAGGGCUACAUGGGCAACGGUGCAGGCUCGCUCGAACGGUGGUAUCGCCGCACGGUGCUCGUCAUCUGGCCCGCGCGGAACAACUACAAGGUGCUCUACGAGGGCGACUCCGGCUUCAAACACGCCGUCGAGGACCUGUACGAGGAGCACGAGCCCGAGGCGGAGAACGAGCUCAUCGAGUUUGUGCUCGCGAACCGUGCGAGCGGGCCCUGCGACGCCGCGGAGGCAGUCUGCUUGUGUGCGCUGGCCAGGAACGAUGUCGCGCAGUGGCAGCGGGCAGUCGCGGCGUGCGCGGAGGGCGCGGGGGGCGUGGAGGGGGGUGUGCGGGUUGUCGACGACGAGAUCUGGGCGAGGGCGCUCGAGAAGUGGGGUUGGGAGUCCGUGAGACCGAGCUUCGAGCUGAUGUUGAAGCAUGAUCGUGGGAACGCGACCCGGCUACAGUUCCUCGAGACUCUGGCGGGCGAGCCCUGGAAGCCGAUUGAUACCGAUGAGGAUACGGUUAAGGCGGUCCACGCGGAGUUACAGCCCUGGGCGGCGGCGCAGGCCCACGAAGUGCUCAAGACCCUGAAGAUACCGACUGUGGCCGAGUGUCCGGCUCUGCUCAAGGCUGCGCACGAGGGCGGUGGGCUGUCAUGCCUCAAGGACGUUAUGCUUCCACAGUUCCUGCCCACCGCUUCUGAAGACGUCCUGCGCGAGCUCGCAGCCCAACUUUUUGCGGCAGAGUUCUUCCCAGAGUCUACAGAGAAGACUACAACGAUAUCCACCUUACUCAGCGCGGGUAUUGCCAAGGCCACGUUUUUCAAGCCCCCACCGCCUCAGCCGGCGCACUACCGCUCUUGGAACCUACCAUCGCAGCCACAGGCGCUAGCUGGUGACCAUGCAGAGCUCGCCAAACGCUACGUACAGACGUGCAUAGUGCUCGGUUGUCCUGAGCUUGUCGGGAGCGUGCUCGACAAGGUCGGGGACACGUCUGCGCUCGAAGCGAAGUACGCACAGGAGUGUGCGCGGGCGGUGAUGCUCCCGGUAGUCGCAGCGUGUGUCGAGCGGCUGCGCGGCGCGCCAGAGAGCGUGCCGAAGGAGAGGCUCGAGAAGCUGAAGGAGACCGCCGUCAGGCUCUGUUUUGAGUGGUUCGUUGCGAACACGAGGGCCGUGACGCGACCGGACGUGGCGGCGCUCAUCGGCGCGGUCGUCGUCGAUGGAGACGCGGCGACGUUUGUCCAGAACGUCGUUCCGAAGCUCGAGCAGAUGAAGUUCAACGAGACGAGCAUCCGCGCGGUCAUCGACGAACUGCAUGCGCAGAGGGCGCGCUUCACCUUCCCCGACGGCUACACCGGCCGCACGCUCGACGGGGUCCUCUCCGGCUUCGUCGACACGUUCGUCGCCCUGUCCAAACCCCAGUCGCCCGCGGCGAUCACCGCGACGCUCGACUGGCUCCGGACGCUCGGCGCACCCGUGUUCUGGCAGCGCGCGCUCAAGCACUACGUCGACCCGCCGGGCGCGAACGCGCAGAGUGCGAAGACGCUGCUGGUCCCGCUUGCGCCUGCACUGCGGCAGUGGGGCACCACCCACGGUGUGCUCGACCAGCUGGGGCCCGCCUUCCAGGGCCUCGUGAAGACGUGGCUGAGGCUCGUGCUCGGACCUGCGCCGCCUGCCAACGCGACGCUUGCGAACCAGCUCGCCGGGCUCACCAGGUGGGGAUGCACAUGCGGCCACUGCACCGGCGCGAAGACGUUCCUGACGAAAGGCACCGGGCGGUCGAAGAUGCUGCACCGCAUCGGCGCGCCCUCACGGAAGCAUGUCGAGGGCUACCUGGCGGUGCAUGCGAGGGGCCUUGCCACGUACACGACGAUUCGGUCGUCGCCGCAGGGGUUGGAGGUGUCGGCGACUGCAUCUUCAGGGCUCGCCGCGGCAACCGGUGCGACUGUACCGGCACAGCCGGUGCAGGCGGCCCUCCCAAGCUCUGCGCCGUCUGCUGGCCCUGUCGAUCUUGCGGCGCCUUCACAGCUCCCAGCCGAUAUCGCUGCACCGAUAGGCUCGCCUGCAUUGCUGCAGCAGGUGCAGCGGCCUCCAGGUACCGUCGUUGCGCUCGCGAGAGUGCAGGACGGUGGGACGCCCGAUGCCGUGGCGGCGAGUACACCGGCCGUGGGUGCUGGAGCGGGAAUAGGUGGGGAGCCGCCGGCGAAGAAGAGGAAGAUGAUGCCUGUGCACCAGGAUGAGAUAAUUGACUUGACAUAG